AUGCUGCAGAUCCGCCUGAGCAAGAUUGGCUCGUCAGACUCCGGCGCUACCGCCACCGGCUCGGCAGCCGCCGCCGGUGCCUACGCCGCGGUGGGGGCGGCUGCGGCGCUGGGUGGCGGCAUCCCGGAAUCGGUCACCGUGGCAUGCCCCGACCACCUGGUGAUCGCGGACCUCCCCGUCGCGAAGAGCCUCGGUGCCGUCACGACCUCCGCUGCCGCCGCCCCGCGCUCCAUCGGCCGUCGCUCCCGUCGCCCGCUCGGGGAGCGCGUCCACAUCUGCUCCCGCUGCGAGUUCCCCAUCGCCAUCUACGGCCGCCUCAUCCCUUGUGAACAUGCUUUCUGUUUAACCUGUGCAAGAAGUGAUUCCAGCUGCUAUCUUUGUGAUGAGCGCAUUCAGAAGAUACAGAGUGUCAAAAUGAUGGAAGGGAUUUUCAUCUGUGCUGCACCGAUGUGUCUCAAGUCGUUCCUUAAGAAAGCAGAUUUUGAGUUUCAUGUGCCCGAUGUCCAUGCCAACCUCCUCCAAACUAAUCAAGAGAAGGAAGAAGAACGCAAUGAGUCAGAUGCUGCUAACAUCUCCCGUGCUUCUGCAGGGGAUACUCAAAGACAAUCUCAAAUGCCUGAAAUGUCUACUGCACGUGCUCCUCCAAGGUCAGGUGUUUCACAAGAUCGUGAAGAACGCUCCCGCUACCACCAGUCCAGGGAGCAAACACCACUGAGGCCCCCAACCCUUUCAAAACCACCUUCAUUCCAUGGUCGCCACUCGUACCCACCAGGGGAUACUCAGGCUGAGAACAAUCCACCUCAAGGAUUCGACCGGCCCUACAACUGGGCUUCUCAAUCACGGCAGGAGAGCCCAGGUGCGGCGACUCCACUUCGCCAAGAAUCUGACCACAGUACUCAGGACAAGCAGCAAUUGAUGGCUAAUGCACCUUAUAUGUUUCCGCCGAUUCCUCCUCACCAGGGAAACUUUAUGAUGCCUAUGAAUAUGAAUCAGCCUUUGAUCCCCAAUGCACCUUUCAAUUACCCUCUCCAGCAAGAUGGAAACCCUCAGUACUUUUCUGCCCCUUUCCAGAUGCAGCUACCAGAUACUGGAUCAGACCAAGGUUCCAUGCCAAGUGUCCAGCCUCCAGCUGGUCCUAUGAGCUUCCCUGAGGGGCUUCAGCGCCCGUGGGCUAUGGGGCUGAUGCCAUUUCAGUCGAUGGCCCUUGGUCAGGGAAUGGCUGAUGGUGUGGGUGAUCCUCAGGGUGGUGGUGGCCUUGCCUUCAUGCAAGCUGGUUUUGGGGGCAUGCCUGAUGGCUCCAUCAAUACAGGCAUGCCUGAUAGAGGUGAUGGAAGGGGUAUUCUAGCACAGAUGCCUAUGCCAAUGCAAAUGCAGAUGUCACUUCCCCCACCUCCGCCGACACAACCUCCAUCAGGCUCACAGCAAACGUUUAACAGGAGUUGA